UGCGUUUGCUCUUCCACUGGUCCUGUCUCUCCCACUUCCUUGACAUCACCACAUCACUACUCUCUUUGCGGACUGCUCCAACACCAGCGCAACAACCCCAUACUCCAGAUCACAUAUCCCUUCAGACUUGUCCUUGUCCUGAAAGGUCUUUCAAUUGAGACAUAUUGCUUGGCGCCGGUGGCAGAUUCUGCACUCCAUACCCCUCACGAGACCAGCGCAGUACCGUCGCAAUGGGUUUCCGUGAGCGCUCCAACUCCUCCGACCAAGAGUCCGGAUAUGCUUCAGGUGGCAGCUCAUCGCCUUCACUGCCUGAAGUGUACUUCACUCGCCCACAUCUCAAAUUCAUCAACGCACAGCUCUCGAAGCUUGAGCCCCAGGACAUCCUAAAAUGGUGCAUGACAUCUCUUCCUCGCCUAUACCAGACUUCGGCCUUCGGACUCACAGGUCUGGCGAUCAUGGACAUGAUCUCCAAGCUCGACUAUACCCUCCGACCAGAUAUUGAGUGCAUCUUCCUUGACACAUUGUACCACUUCCCUCAGACUCUUGAUCUCGUGGAGCGAGUGAAGGCGAGGUAUCCCGGCAUGACUGUCCACUCAUACAAGCCUGAAGGAUGCGAGACAACAGCAGACUUUGAGGCCAAGUUCGGCGAGAAGUUGUGGGAGAAGGAUGACGAGAAGUAUGACUUCGUCGCCAAAGUCGAGCCUGCUCAGCGGGCGUACCGGGAACUGGAGGUCGCUGCUGUGAUUACUGGUCGACGGAGGACACAAGGCGGGAAGCGCGGCGAUCUCGACAUCGUGGAGGUCGACGAGGCAGGCUUGCUCAAGAUCAACCCUCUUGCCAACUGGUCGUUCAAGGACGUCCAGUCAUACAUUGAAUCAAACAAUGUACCGGUUAAUGAGCUUCUCAGUCAAGGGUAUCGUUCCGUUGGUGACUGGCACUCAACACAGCCAGUGAAGGAGGGCGAGGAUGAGCGUGCCGGUCGAUGGAAGGGCCAGAAGAAGACCGAGUGCGGCAUCCACAACAAGCGAAGCCGAUAUGCUAUCUUCUUGCAGGAGCAGGAGGAAAAGCGCCAAAAAGAGUUGGCUUCGGCUAUCGAGGAUGGAUUGAACCGCAACUGCUCGCCGUUGGAUGUCAUCCGGCAAGCGUAGCUGGAUGAUGUCGUCGUCGUUGUCGAUUCGUCAUGAGAAAAGUUGCAAGGCCAUCGAGCAUAGAGUGGGGAUUCUGCUAAUUAGCAUUGGGCGUUUCGAGGUGGGACUAUCGCCGCCACAAUCUGGCGCUGCGGAAAGCAUGCUGCGAGCAUUGCUGUUGAUGAACAUAAGAACGAAAUGAAAGAUACUUCUCUGUGUGCCUUGGUGAUCCACCAAGGUGCUUGUAUACGUUCCCAGAUCCGUCUCACCUUUGUGGUAGGUUCGUCAACUGACAGGGUCGUGAGAGAUAGGACAGCCUCGCCACUGGGGUCUUAAGCACGCCGUGAUUCAAGACGCUCGUGGGGCGGGCAUUGCUGGUCUGAACUUUUGCCUCCCAUGUCCAGCGAUAAGCACCUGUAGCUGGUGAAGCUGUUGCUCUCAUAGGAGGCUGAGUCUGAGCUCCGUAUCGUAUAUCGGUGGACUCCUUGUCUAGGUGUCGGUUUUGGAUCCUUUGCUUCACACGGCAUAUUGGGCACUGACCCAACUGCGUGUGAGAGAAGAUUCGCUGGAGUUCGGUAAUCCUGAUCAUUCCUGCCGUGUUGAGCGGGCGCUAUCACGUGGUGGUGGGUCAUGAAGCCAGAAGUAUCGCAAUAGCAUCGCAGAAGCAUGGACAACGACUCGUUCAUCUUCCAGCAUGCUGCAAGCACCGUCUGGGAAAGAGAAGAAGGGAAUUUAUCAGCAGAGAUGAGCAGGUGAGGUGAGGAAGAAAAGACAAGCCGGGUGUGGGUGGUUCAAGAGGCACAUCGCGCAGCAGGAGCCGGGUCGUCGCUUAGACGCCGACUCGUCGCUAUACAGCACAGCUUCUGCAAUUCUGCUCACACCGUAGCACGCCAGCAGGCA